AUGAAAGGCUUCACUGUAGCUCUCGUCUCUCUUCUCAUGGCCUGCGACUUCAGCAUCGCUCGUCCUAGUCUUCGUGCAUCCGACAAUUACAACCAGCUGGAAGUGCGCAAAAUCAGGCGAGACGACCCUGCGUCGCUUGCAGACCAUGCCGUACUCUUAGACCGCAGACAAGGCGGUGGUCGAGGAAGCGGUGGUGGCGGUCGAGGUGGCGGCGGCGGUGGUGGUGGAAAUGCCAACGCUGGCAACAACGCAGCCAACGGCAAUAACGGGGGCAACAACGGGGGUAAUAAUGGCAAUAACAAUGGUGCCGCUGCUGCCGCCUCUGCUUCGGCCGCUGCAGCUGCUGCUCAGGCAUCGGCUGCUGCCGCAGGUAACAAUGCGGCCAAGAAUGGGAACAACAACAACAACAACAACAACAACAACAACAACAACAACAACAACAACAACAACGGCAACAACGGCAACAACGGCAACAACGGCAACAACAACAACAACAACAACAACGGUAACAAUAACGCGGCCGCCACUGCUGUUGCGACCAACGAGAAUGGUCAAGCAGGCCCCGCGGUCCCCAAGCUUCAGGAGAAUACCGGUGGAACCACUCUUGACAAGAGCGUAUUAGUGUCAACCAAGGCCAACGCCAAUGCCACCGCGGGUGAAGCUGCCAGCGCUGUUAGUAGUAAUAACUUCAUCAACUUCUGUGAAGGGAACACCAUUACCAACGGUCUUCAGGUCAAGGAAGGUUCCUGCAACCCUAUCGUCAUGGGCCAGAUUCCUAGUACUCAGAACAUGGUUACGACUACCUUCUCUCAGCCUAAAAACGGAGCCACCAUCAAGGCCGGUCAGACCUUCACCAUGGCCUUGAAGUCCUCGGGCAUCACCAUGGGUUCUUUCACCAAUGCCCAAGCCAACUACUAUGCUGCUCCCCAGCAGGUUGAUUCGUCUGGUCAAGUCGUUGGACACGCCCAUGUUGUGAUUCAGGCCAUGAAAUCGAUGGACGACGAUUCCCUCCUCGACCCCAAUACCUUCGCAUUCUUCAAGGGUCUUGACAAGACCGAUGUCAAUGGCUUGUCUACUUUGGAUAUUUCGGGUGGCCUCGAAGCUGGUGCUUACCGAAUGUGCACCAUUAUGAGUAGCAGUAAUCACGCUUCUGUGAUCAUGCCCAUCGCUCAGCGAGGUGCCGAAAACACCUGUACCUAUUUCCAAGCAGCCUAG